AUGAACAUUCUGAAGCUGGUGAUGCUUGGUCCACCUGGAUGUGGUAAGGGAACGCAGUCAAAGCUUAUUUCUGAGAAGUAUGUGAUUCCACAUGUCAGCUCUGGAGAUAUUCUGAGAGAUGAGGCAAAGAAAGACACGGCGAUAGCCGAAGAGAUCAGAAACGUGAUAAAUGCAGGAGGUCUUGUUCCUGAACGUGUUAUGAACGAGAUCGUUCUUGACAGGAUUAGAAGCAUGGAAGGAUUCAUUCUUGAUGGGUAUCCCAGGAAGAUCGAGCAGGCUGAGAUGCUAGGGGAGAUCGACAUGGCAGUGUUUAUCAAUGUUGAUCAAGAAACAUGCAUUCAGCGGAUAUGUAGGAGAAAUGAGGGAAGGAAAGACGACAACGAGGAUAUAGCAAGGAAGCGAUAUGAUGUUUAUAGGAAAGAGACAGAACCAAUUGUUGAGUAUUACAGGGCUAUGGGAAAGCUAGUUGAGAUUGAUGGGAGUAUGGAAUGUAGCACGGUCUUCUCUGAAGUGUGUAAGAUGAUUGAACGGAUGAAUUAA